AUGGGAGUAGGGAGAAAAAAACAAACUUUUUAUGGCGGUGCCAUUCUGCCAGUAUCUCCAAAUCCAAAACUCAAUUCUGGAUGUGGCAGAAAUUUGGGGAAGUAUGAACUUGGUGGGGUCAUAUUUGGUUGCAAGAACAGCACAAUGAAAGAAUGUCGAUCUAAACAACUCUUUGGUUUACCAGCUCGUCACUUUUCCUAUGUUAGGAACAUUACUCCUGGGUUGCCUUUGUUUUUAUUCAACUAUAGUGACAGAAAGCUUCAUGGAAUAUUUGAAGCAACUAGCAAGGGGAAAAUGUGUAUAGACCCUUUUGCAUGGACUAACGAUUUUUCAGAGAUGACACCAUAUCCUGCACAGGUGAAAAUCCGUGUCCGGCUCCAGUGUCAUCCGCUAGUUGAAGAAAAAUUUGGACAAGUGAUGGCGAACAAUUAUUACAGAAAUGAACACUUCUGGUUUGAGCUUGAUCAUAGACAAACAAGCAAGUUGAUGUUUUUGCUAACGUCUUUGGCGAUUGCCCCUGGUACCCCUGUACCGCGAUAUAAUAUGAAGUGGAGAAAUGUAUCCCCUGGUACCCCUGUACCGCGACGUAAUAUGAAGUGUAGAAAUGUGUCCCCAUCUCUUCCAUCACGAGAUCUGAAGAAAGGUGAAGCAUUUGAAGCUGAUGAACCAGACAUAAAGCAUUUUACUCGAAGAACAAAUUUUGGUUACAUUGCUUCCAUAGAUGAAGGCAUAGAAUCAUUGGAAACUCAAUCAGUUGCGAGGGAAGUAAAAGAGGAUGAAAAGAACCUUAUAUAUAUGAAACUAAAAGAACUAGCUCUUGAAUGGGAAAACCAAUACCACUCUUUGCAUGAUAAUGUAAAUGAUACUAUUGAUGUGAAUAGUAUGUGCUCUUCAGAAAAGAGUUAUCUAGAGAUAUCAGCAGGUUUAGAGGAGGAGGAGGAGGAGUGCUACAAUCUUCCAUUUGUGGAUCAAUGCCCCAUAGCUCAAGUGGAUGAGGCGAUCCAAGAUGUUGAAGAAUUGACGACUUUCAAGAAAAUACAAACACAUAAGAACUGUUACCUGGAGCAGAACCUGAUGAAGUCGGCAAUGGAAAUUCAGUAUCUGAAAGAUCGUUUUGCAAUUAUAGAAACUGCAUUUAAGACACAAAAGAAAGUUAUCCAUCCGUCCGCUGAGUUGUAUUUAGACCAUAAAGAGUCCUUACUCUUGAAAGGAGCUUCUGAGGGAGAAUCACAAUUAUCUGCUACAAAUUUGUUUUCUCCUUCCCAGAAUGUGAUCAAAUUUGUAAAGUCUAUGAGCUCUGUUCACUCAAAUGCUUUAUUAGUACUACAUUCAAAUGGUGAGCUUUAUGUGUUUGGUGGUGAGAAUGGUUGUGUUUGGUAUGCCACAGCUAAAUUAUACAGCCCAGUUCUCAAAGAAUGGACCUUGUGGACCUCCUUGAAUCAGAAGAAAGAACCCUUGGCUCGAAUUUCUUUAAACAAUAAUAUCUUCUCAAUUGGUGCUAAUUAUGGAGUUGAUUGUCUUUCAAAUGUUGACAUGCUUGAUUCUGGAAGGGGGAUCUCUUUACCUUCAAUUCUAGACAAGAGCUUUGAUCUUGUUGCUGUGGAAUCUCAUGGUUCUCUUUACGCAACUGGUAGAUAUAAUGGAAUUAACUAUCUGAAGUUUGCUCUUGAUGGCUUUGAUGGAUGCACCAUUUUUUCUAGUAUCAAAGUAGUUGAUCCUAGUCAUGGGGCCUGGACGAUAGUGGAACCAAUGAAUCAUCUUAGGGAAUAUUCUGCUGCUCCCGUCGCCAAGGAAUCUAUCUAUGUGAUUGAGGGAGACAAAGGUGUUGAUGACAUUGUAGACAAAUUUUAA